AUCACUUCACGGCAGAGAUGAGCGAGGAGUGCAAAAGCAUAAGAGUGCACCAAGGAGAAAUGAGAACAAUUCGUAGGCUAUAGGCCCGCUUGAUUUUGUUCUUGACCCAUCCCGCCAAUUCGUCCAACAUAUGAAAGGUCUUCUUUUCUCUCUUGUUUUGUUUUCUUUUUCCUCCCUAGAACGUUUUUAUAUAACAUAAAGUUGAAAUCUCAUGAAUCUUUUGUACAAUCUUACUUAGGUUUUGAGUCGGGAGUAGGCCUGGGCGUUUAUAACGGGUCCCGAAAACCGAACCUCUAACCGAACCGAAAAACCGGUGUCGGAUCGGUAACGGUACUGAGGAAAAACACCUAUUAGGCUUUGUAAUAUCAAAUGUUCGGAGGACGGGUCGGAUCGGUAAUAAACCGUUAUCCGAAUCAAAAACCGGACAUAACCGACUUUAAUGAAAGCUCGUGUACAUAUGUGUCUCCUCGAUUACAUCUCACCAUUUCCUCGGUUACAUCUCGUCGGCUCCUCUUCUCUUCGGCGGUGGAACCCUAGUUCCCACAAAAGCUCCUCGAUUCAACCCCGUAAUCACUGCAAAAUGGCCACUAUAAAUCAUCUGUGUUCUCUCCAUUCGACUGCAUCAUAUCUUUCCAGCAAUCAAUCACAGAUGGACUCGACAUCAUCUCUUGAUCGAGAAACCCGUAGCAAAGAAGAUGACUUUCAAACUCCGGAUAGCAACAAAAGCAAAAGAAAAGAAUGUGAAGGAAGUUCUCAACCAUCCAAAGUGACUUCUCAACCAUCCAAAGUCAAGCGGCUCCUCCCAACAAGAUCAGAAGUAUGGAAACAUUAUACAAGAACUAAGGAGGACAGAGACAGGUGUUUAUGCAACUAUUGCCAGAAGGAAUACUCGUGUCUCACCACAUCAGGGACCACAAACCUGAAGAAACAUCUUGAAAUCUGCAAAAACCAUCAAGCGUGGUUAGCUAGCAAAAAGGAGAAACAAAAAGGUAUUGCUGAAGAUGGGAAGCUCAAGACGUGUAAGCUUUCUGAAACUGUGUUUAGAGAAGCCACGAAUGAGAUGAUUCUGUUGGGACAAUUGCCUUUAGCGUUUGUUGACAGUGUGGCAUGGAAGCAUUUCUGUAAAAAGGCAAUGCUGUACACUCCUCAUUCAAGAAGGACCUCAUCUAAAGACAUCGUAAAGAUGUAUGUGGAGAAGAAAGAGGCAUUGAAGAGAUGGUUCUUAUGCAAUAAGCAACGUGUGUCUGUUACUACAGAUAUAUGGGUUUCUCAAACUACAGGUGCUAGUUACAUGGUGAUCACAGUGCCUUACAUUGAUGCUUUGUGGCGCUUGAAGAAACUGAUCAUAGGCUUCAAGCACAUCACGGAUCACAAAGGUCAGACUAUAGCUACUGUUUUGCUAGAUUGCUUGGCUGAAUGGGGAAUUGAGAAGGUCUUUUGUAUUACUGUUGACAAUGCUACUGCGAAUAGUUCAGCGUUAAGAAAGUUUCAUAGUGCGUUUGCCUUAGUGUCUGAGCAGUCUCUUGUCUUAGAUGGUGAGUUCUUGCACAUGAGGUGUAAUGCUCACAUAAUAAACUUGAUUGUGAGGGAUGGAAUGGCAGAGAUAGACCAGAAUGUGGCUGCUAUCCGUAACGCUAUCGCCUAUGUCAGAUCACAUACAAAUAGGCUGAGGUCUUUUGAGCUAAAGGUUGACUCGGGGAAGAUCACAAGAGGAAGCUUGCCUUUGGACGUCAAGACAAGGUGGAAUUCAACAUAUCUGAUGUUGACAACAGCGCUGAAAUUCAAGGUUGCGUUCGACAAGAUGGAGGCAGAAGACAGGUUGUACAACGACUACUUCAGUGAGUUAGAGAAUGGUUCUACAAGGGUUGGUCCUCCUCAUCAUACGGACUGGGAUGCAGUGGAGAAAUUGUGUCGGUUUCUUGUCAUAUUUUACAACUCAACAUUGGUGGUAUCAGCCUCAACUUCUCUCAAUGCGCACAAGUGUUAUGGCGAGAUAGUAACCAUUGCAACAAAUCUGAUGGCACUCGUCGAGAGCUAUGAUUCUGAGUUGAAGUCGAAGGCAACAAAAAUGUACAAGAAGUUCGACAAGUAUUGGGAUGGUCUCAAGAACUUGAACAAGAUGCUAAUGGUUGCGACUGUCUUUGAUCCCACCAAGAAGUUGGAGCUUGCAAAGAUGUGCUUUGAGGAAUUGUAUGGAUUAGACACUGUUGAGUACAAGGAGGUGUACGAGUCCUUGAUUACCGUCUUGAGAAGUCUGUUCAAAGAAUACAGUGCAAGACAUCGUUUUGAUCCAAAUGAUCAAUCAUCUCAGCCUAGCAACAAAUCUCAGUCUUCUCGAGAGCAGCCUAGCAACAUUGAGAUAGUGGAUGAUUGUGCUGGUUAUAAGAGGAUUGAUGUGAGAUACAAGAAGAAGCUGAACGAGAUUGGGGUUAGAGAGAAAAGGGAUGAAUUGGAGACUUACCUCAGAGAGAGUGUGGAGAACCCGGAGUUGAUGGUUGGAAUGGAUUAUGAUGUGCUGUCGUGGUGGAGGACGUACUCAACCAGAUUUCCAGUGUUGUCUGAGAUUGCUAGAGAUGUUUUAGCAAUGCAAGUGUCAUCAGUUGCUUCAGAGAGUGCCUUUAGCACCAGUGGGAGGAUUCUAGAGCCACACAGGAGCUGUCUUACUCAUUUUAUGGUUGAGGUUUUAAUGUGUUCAGAGCAGUGGAUGAAACAAGAUCUUGAGGUGGAGACACAACAGCCUUCAAAUGCACAAGUUCUUGUUGAUCUUGAAGAGGAUGACAAACUUGAAAGAGAGAAUGAAGAUGCAGCAAUGUUGGAGUAAGAAGGCCAGCCCGUCACCAAGAAGAAGAUUGUCUUUAUGUUUGAAACUUGAACGAUUUGCACUUGUUUUUUUAGUACUUUGUUAUGCCUUUGUUUUCAUUUUGGUUCCUAUGUUCUUGUUGUGUUCAAAACUUAAGUAUCUUUGAAUUUGGGUUGUUAUUUGAACGAGAUGAAUUUUAUUUCAGUUUCGGAUGUUUAAGUUUGUUAAGUUAUUUUAAGGUACUUUUUUUUCGGUUACUUUGGUUACAAUAAACCGGACUCGAACCGAAACCAUUUCUACUUUGGGUUUUCACGGAUCUUGAAAUCAUCCUCCGAACCGAACCGAUCCCGAAGAGUUCCGAACCGAGACCGUACCGAAAAAUCAAAUAAACCGAAUGGUGUUUAUAUCCUUAGAUCCGAAAGACCGAUAACCCGUUUCACCCGACCCGAACCCGAAUGGUACACCGACGCCCAGGCCUAGUCGGGAGUGUAUAAUUAGUGAAUGGUACACAUGUGUAUCUCAUCCACAAAAUUUUCCCAAUUCAACAAAUUUGUGUUACUUCAUAACAAAAUAUGCACACAAGCAGUUCAAAUUUGCUUAUGUACGUCUUUUAUAAAAAAGUGGAUGAACUACUAUUAUUUGUCUAUACACAUGUUUGAUGAAGGGUUUCAUCCACUUUUUAUUUAUUAAAUUCUCUUUAAUUUUUUAGCAUUAAAGUUAAUCUUUUAAUUUUUUUCUUAUUAAUUAACUAACAUAUGUAAAUACCAUUUACAUUUAUUUAAGAUGUAAAUUUUGUUUCACUUAAAUAAAAUAUUUGUAUUUGUAUUAUACAUUAUAUGUUAUAUAUAUAUAUAUUCUUAUUUGAUAGUAUACUUUAUUUUUAAAAUGUGUUAUUUUAUUGUCCGAAAUUUUUUUGAAUAUCUAAAAAUUAUUAAUGUUUAAUUAAUUUUAAAGCUCAAGACAAUUUACUACUUUAUAAAAGCACAUUUUUAAAUCAUUUAAAAUAAGAUACAUAUAAUUUAAAGCUUAAAACAAUUAUAUGUGUAUUAAAAUUAUUUUUUUCUGUUAUAUUUUGAAUAUAAAAUUUAGAUUUAUCGCAUUUUAUAAAUUAAUUUUGUAAAAUAACUACUCUAGUUUAAUAUAUAUCUAGAACAUCAACGCGUUGGUAUCGGAAAAAAUAGUUUUAAAUUUAUAAAUGUUUUACUUUAUAUCAUAAUUUUUAGUGUUAUCUUUUUAUAAUUAAAAAGGAUAAUAAUAAUAUCCAGCACAGAUUGUUACAACAAAAAAUUAUAUGAAUCAUGCAAAUUAUAUUGAAAUCAUAUGAACUUUAUUUUUCAAAAAAGAUAUGAAUCCUUUUAUUAUAUUGUGAAUCUUAAAUUUAAUAUCAGAAGGAGCCAACCAAACUUAUAUUCGAUGCUGUUGUUAGGCAUACUAAAAUAAUACAAAUGAACAAAAGCACAUGGGAACGAGUCGAGAGAUAGCAUUUAUCAUGCCUGACAAACAUUUCACCUAAUGGUUGUAACUUGUAAGUGCCAAAGAAGGAGAGGUUAUUUGAAACCUUAAUCUUUGAAUAUUUAUUUUUAAUAAAAAUAAUGUUUAACUAUUACAAAUAACUAAAUAUUUGUUUAUAUCAUCAAAAAGAAAUCCCAUGGAGUGCGGUGAAUAAGAAUGACAAAAAGUAUCUUUCAUUUUGGAGUCAAAUGAAACAAUUCACUUGCUCUCACUUUCCUCCAAAACCGCGUCCCAUUUAAUUUUUCUCCAACUUUUGCUUCUAAGUUUUAACUCUUUCUUCCUUUUCUAAUAUGUAAUAUACACAUUUGAAUCCGAGUAACACAAAUCACUUAACUCUAUGUCCUUGUUAGUCUUGGAUUCUAAUUCAAUGAUUAGAGCUUAUAAUCUGAAACCAUUUGUAAUGUUACUAUUGUAUUAGACUCACUUUUUGAUUUCAGUUGCGUGUGUGUGAAAGUUAUAAAAACCAAACAAUGUUUUAAUGCUGUCUUGGUUUUGGAAAGGGCAGGCGACAACAGAUUCCGCUGAAGAAAAUAUACGAUGAAUUUCUGUGAGAUUUCUUCUUUUUUCGGACAUAAUACACAAAAAGGCAAACAAACUUGAUACUCCCUCCGUUCCUAAAUGAUUCAUGUUUUAGAAAAAUAUUUUGUUUCUAAAAGAUCCAUAUUUUACAUUUUCAAUGUAUGUAAUAAUGGAAAAUUGUAAAUUUCAAAAACAUUAAUUGUGUUUACUGAAUUUUGAUUGGCUAAAAAUCAUAGGAAAUAGCUAAACACAGAAAAUCAUACAUUUAUUAUCAAAAUUUUAAGUGUUUUCUUAAUAAGUGUAAAAAUUCUAAAACAUAGAUUAUUUAGGAACAGAGGGAGUAUAAUAUACCAUAAUAUGUAAAUAUUUCCAAAUUUCGAAAUGAUAAUUUGGAAAAUUUGUGGGAAAAUUCCUCAAAAAUACACGGACUAAUUUUUAUUUGCUAAUAAAAUACACGAACUAUUUUGGAUCCCCGUUUAAUACACAAACUAAUUUUUGUUGUCUAUUAUAUACACAAACUUUUGAAAUUCGCAGGUUUUACACAUCGUUUUAGACGGAGUUAACUACGUUUAACGGAAGUGAACACGACGUUAAUGUUUAAUUAAACAUGUGUCUAAUUUAUGAAAAAACAAUUCCUUAAAAAUACAUGAACUAAUUUUCAUUUGUUAAUAAAAUACACAAACUAUUUUGGAUCCCCAUUUAAUACCCGAACUAAUUUUUGUUUCCUAUUUAAUAUACAAACUUUUAAAAUUUGUAGAUUUUACACAUCGAUUUAAACAAAGUCAACUACAUAUAACAGAAAUGACUUUAGUUUUAACUAAACGUAUGGUUAAAAGUGAAAAGCACACUCACCCUCAACCAAAACCUCUCGAAUCGAUUGAUACUUAUAUUCAAGCUAGCAUCAAUUCAAGUUUGACACCCUAAUCUAUUCCAACCUCUUUUACUCAUCAAACUCUGUUCCUUUUCUUCUUCUUCGCUUUGAUUUCAUUUUAUAUUGCUUCAAAGUGGAGAUGAUUUCCAUGUCAUGAAAAAUGACGAAGAAAACUAGGUAUACCUAGUUUUCUUCGUCAUUUUUAAAAUUACGUAAUUUUAAACGAGUUUCUGAUUUUGGAAUUAGUUUCCGAUUCUUAUUUUUUGUCAAUCAAAGUUAAUUUACACUAUGCAAGUGUUAUGAAGAAGAAAACUACCAAUAUAAUC